AUGACCACCACAGUUCAAUCCCCGUUCACCAUGGAGAACUCAAAUGCUUCUUCUUCUUCUUCUUCAAUAGUUCGCCUUAACAUCGGUGGGAAGAAGUUCUGCACGACUAUUGAUACCUUGACUCAGCGUGAUCCUGAGUCGAUGCUUGCGGCAAUGUUCAGUGGUCGCCACACAAUCUGUCAAGAUUCUGAGAAGGGUUAUGUGUUUGUUGAUAGGGACGGAAAACAUUUUCGGCACGUUUUGAACUGGCUGAGGGAUGGUGUGGUCCCCUCUCUGAAGGAUUCUGAGUAUUCAGAGCUUUUGCGAGAGGCUGAAUAUUACCAACUAAUUGGGUUGAUGGAUGAAAUCAAAGCAUCUUUGGUUAAGAGAAAGGAGGAUGAGGAGAUGGGUACAGAAUUGACAAGAAUUGAUAUCAUUAGAUGCAUACAGUCAGAGAGGGUCAGAUUUCGAGGAAUCAAUCUCUCCGGACUCGAUCUUUCUAAACUGGAUCUGUCAUAUGUGGACUUCAGUUAUGCCUGUUUAAAAAAUGUGUUCUUUUCACGUGCCAAUCUUCAAUGCGCAAAGUUCAGGGAUGUGGAUGCUGAGGCUUCCAUAUUUCACAAUGCAACUUUGCGAGAAUGUGAGUUCACUGGUGCUAAUCUUCGUGGAGCUCUUUUAGCUGGGGCUAAUCUCCAAAGUGCAAAUCUACAAGAUGCUUGUUUGGUGGACUGUAGCUUCUGUGGUGCAGACCUGCGUUCAGCUCACCUCCAGACUGCUGAUCUAACCAAUGCCAACUUGGAAGGAGCAAAUCUUGAAGGGGCCAAUCUGAAGGGAGCGAAGCUUGCUAAUGCAAAUCUGAAAGGUGCAAAUCUCCAGAGAGCUUAUCUGCGGCAUGUAAAUCUUCGUGAGACGGAUUUGGAAGGUGCUAAUCUCCAUGGUGCUAAUUUAUUAGGAGCCAUCAGGUGA